AUGAAGACCAAGAACCGGCCCCCCAGGCGCCGGGUGCCCCCGCAGAACACAGAGGGCAGCCCAGGGGAUCAGUCCCCCGACAGGCCCCAGCCGAGCUCUGGGGCCCAGAUGGCCAAGGGUCUGCGGAGCAGGACAGUGCGCGCGCAGGGGGCGCGCGCCGAGGGCGGGCGCAGGCGGCCCGGGCUCUCGGGGCCGGCGGGCCGGCGGGACAGGCGGGAGAGCAGCGUCCAGCGGCGGCUGGAGAGCAACGAGCGGGAGCGGCAGCGCAUGCACACGCUGAACAACGCCUUCCAGGCGCUGCGCGAGGUCAUCCCGCACGUGCGCGCCGACAAGAAGCUCUCCAAGAUCGAGACCCUCACGCUGGCCAAGAACUACAUCAAGUCGCUGACAGCCACCAUCCUGACCAUGUCCAGCGGUCGCCUUCCGGGCCUGGAGGGGCCUGGCCCUAAGCUCUACCAACACUACCAGCAGCAGCAGGCGGCUGGGGGCACACUGGGUGCCACCGAGGCUCAGCCCGAGGGCCACCUGCAGAAGUACUCCACACAGAUCCACAGCUUCCGAGAGGGCUCCUAG